UUCUCGGUAGAAUUUUGUCGAAUUCUUCAUCUAAAUUCUCCACUUUUGCCAUCACUUCUCCACAUUAUCAAUCUUUUCUUCUACCCAGUUUUCAUUUUGAUAAUGCCAGCUGCCAAAUGAGGAGACACUUCUCCGCCUAUCCCAGAUUCGAUUUUGAAUCUAUACGUGAACCCAAUGAUGCCGUCGCUCUAUUUCAGGAUAUGAUGGGAACGGAGCCGCUUCCUUCUGUUAAGCUUUUCUCGAGAUUGCUGAGUGCUGUGGUCAAGCUGAAACAAUACUCUGCUGCACUUCAUCUGUUCGAAAAAAUGCUUCAAAGGGAUGCUCCUGUAAAUCACUACACGUUGAGUAUUGCGAUUGAUUGCUAUUGCAGACUCAAAAGGCCUGAUUUUGGGUUUGCGAACUUAGGCAGUUUUUUCAAGCGUGGGUUCGAGCCUACCGUGGUGACCUUCAACACUCUCGUGAAAGGCCUUCUGUUUGUUGAAAGGAUCCCAGAGGCAGCUAAACUGUUGGGGAAGCUGUCGGCCUACCAACUGUGCGAGCCCGACGAAUAUACGUAUAGUACUAUAAUUAAUGGGUUAUGCAAAGCUGGAGAUAUUCUCCAGGCGAUUGAUUUGCUCUGCUCAUUGGAAAAAGGAAAAGGGAGCUGCAAACCCGACGUCUAUGCUUACAGCGCAGUUAUUGAUGGUCUAUGCAAGAACGGAAAGGUGGACGAAGCUCUCCAACUCUUCUCCACUUUGGGUGAUAAGGGGAUUUCACCCAAUGUUGUGACAUAUAGUUCAAUAAUUGAAGGGUUGUGCAAGAUGAAAAGAAUGGACGAGGCUGAACACGUUUUGAAGAAGAUGAUUGCUGAUCUGGUCAGCCCAAAUGUGGUGACAUGUAAUAUCUUUGUGGAUGCUUGGUGCAGAGAUGGAAAGGUGGAAGAGGCCGAACAUAUGUUGGUAUCUAUGAAGGAGAUUGAUGUUCAACCCGACAUUGUCACUUAUACUGCAUUGAUGAAUGGAUAUUGUAUGCUAGGAAAACUGGACGAAGCUGAACGCAUUUUCCAAUUGACACUGAGCUCUGGAAUGAAGCCCGAUAUCAUAAGCUACAAUAGCUUGAUGAACGGGUAUUGCAAAGAGGGGCGAGUCGAUGAAGUUUCACAUCUUUUUAACAUAAUUCGCACUCAAAGAUUAAAGCGCGAUGUGGUUUCUUAUAACAUAAUGCUAGAGGCCUUGUUUCGUGAAGGCAAAUGCGAAGAUGGCUUGAAGCUGUUCAAAGAAAUGGAAGCUCUACAACUGUUUCCGAAUAUAAGGACUUAUAGUAUCUUGUUGGAUGGUCUAUGCAGUGCUCAUCGAAUCAGUGAAGCAUUUUAUGUGAUGCAUACCAUGGAAGAUAAAGGCAUCGUUCCAGACAUAGUAACAUAUAGUAUCCUCAUUGAGGGAUUGUGCAACGACAACAAAGUCAGAGAAGCAAAAGAUCUGUUCGACAAGCUUCCAUCCAAAGGUUUGCAGCCUAAUGUCAUAACGUACAAUAUUCUCAUUGGUGCACUUGGCGAAAGAGGGCAGAUAAAGGAGGCUAAAUAUCUGUUCCAUGAGCUUCCAUCCAAAGGUUUGCAGCCUGACAUCAUAACAUAUACUAUUCUCAUUGGUGCACUUUGCAAAGAAGGGCAGAUAGAGGAGGCUAAAGAUCUGUUCCAUGAGCUCCCAUCCAAAGGUUUGCAGCCUGACGUCAUAACUUAUACAAUCCUUAUCGGUGCACUUUGUGAGGAAGGUCAGAUCGAGGAGGCUAAGGAUUUGAUGAUGCAAAUGGUAAACAAUGGUUGCUUGCCUAAUAGUGUGACGUACAAUGUUUUUGUUCAAGGUCUUCUCAAAUCGAACAAGGCGCAAGAUGCAAUUCUGUUGUUGGAAGAGAUGGUUUCAAAGGGAUUCACACUUGGUGUCAACACUAUUUCGAUGCUGAUUGAACAUGUGAAAAGGGAAGGUGAUGUCAGAUUCAAUUACUUAAUUUGGUUUUUUGGGCCAACACUACUAGUUGAUAUAUUUUUAUGAACGUUAGCGAGCAAGUUGCACAAAACCUAACAAACUUUUAUUUUAGUUACUCUUCAUCAAGAAUUCCCAUUUUUAUUGUAAGUCUGUCAUUUUUCGCAGAGGAAAUGAAAUUGUCAAUUUUGCUAUGUGUUUGAUUUUAUAUUUGGUAUGAAUGGUUUUCUUCCGCCAGGUUAAUAAAAAAAAUGUUUUUAUGGUUUAAAGCAAGCGG